AUGGACGCCCUAAUACGUCUGGCACACUUAAGGGAGGAAGAUCUUCUCGGGCUUUCUGAAAAAGUUGCUGAGAACCUUGCCAUCGCAUUCGAUAGUUUAUCCAACGAGGUUUCUGAACUUAAGAAUCAACUGCAGAAGUCGGAGUCCGAUAAAGGUAUUUUAGACGUCCCCCAUAUUGUCUUUUAGACGAAGCCGUCAAGUCACUACGGGAAGCUUGUGACAAGUAUGCUGAGGAGAAUUCGUCAGUCAACGAAAGCUUACAAACUUUGAGGACUGCAUUCGAUGCCCUGGAAAAAAGACACAUCAGCCUUGUAAACGAAAAAGAUGACUACGCCAAGAAGCUUAGCGAUGGACUUUCAAUCUCAAAUGAACUUGAACUAGUCAUCAAGAAUCUGGAAAAUGACAAGGAGAGUCUGUCAGAACAACUAUCACAGAGGACCAACGAGCUAGAAGGGCGUGUUGCUGAAGUAAAACGUCUGAAGGAUGAAGUUUCGGCUACAAGACAGAUGAAGGCUGAUGCCAUUCUCCAACUUGAAGAAGCAAAAGCAUUGAAGUCUACAGUCGAGGUAUUUUUUUCUUCCAUAUUUAUGUCCCAGUUGCGUGGAAAAAAGGCAGAAGAAGGCAUGGAGGCCAUACGCAAGCACAAUGCUUGGCUGGAAGAGCAACUUAAUGAGGCAAAUGACAAGCUUCUCUCCAUCCGGCGAGAUAACGUAAGCCCUCUUAUCUAUCUUUACUCCUUUCCAGACUGAGAAAUGUCUCGCGCUUGAAAGUGAGCUGUCCACCCGGAAAACAGAAGUAUGUUGGUCCUUAUCACACUGAUUGUGUCCCAGUUUGAGAAUUCACAAGCAACUAUUCUGAAGUUAGAAGAUCUGGUAAAAAAAUUGACUGAAUCAAAUGAGGAUCAUAUUGAAAAGUUGAAGCAGGUAAUUAAAAUGGUUCUAUAACCUGCUCUCCAUACUGCCCAUUUUUAUCUGCUUGUUUUAUUUAGAGAACUGAUGAGUUGAUAAACAUGGAGCAACUUCAUGCAAAUGAACUUGGUGCCCAGAAGCGUCUGACUGAUUUGUACAAGGUAACAAUCUUCUAAUCAAUCGAUUGAAUGACAAGGAACAAGCGGCAGAGGCUGAGAAAAAAGUUGAGCAGAUGCAGAAGGCCGUGGCCUCGAUGCAGGAAUUACUAAAAGCUGGACACGAGCGUAAGACUCUUGCAAUAUCCGAGUCGGAGCUUUCUAGACGUUCUUCAGUUACAGUCUGAAAAGGAAGCUCUUUUGAGUGCUUUUACAGAGGAGAAAUAUGACCUUUUGGAAAAAAACAAUACCCUGACACUUGAACUGAAUUCUGCCAAAGAGAUAGUUGAAAAGUUUAGGAUUCAAGGUUAGAUUUUUAUUUCCAGCCAAUUAUAACUCCUUAGGACUGUCUGAGGACGAAUUGCGCAAACUCAACCCAGCAGUUGCCACAACUAUUGCCUCGUUAAAGAGGGGUCGGAGCCUGACUCAAAUUUAUUCAGAUUACGUGCAAGUUGUGGAAGAACGAGACAUGCUUAAGUUAGACAAAGAGCGCCUCACGGAACACGUUCGUGAAAUGGUCGCUCAACUUGAGGAAAAGGGUCAUUGAUUUGUUUUUGCUAAGCUUUUUACAGGCCCUCUUUUACGGUCUCAGCAAGAAGCAUUUAUCAAGUCGAAGUCGCGGGUUGAGGAGCUUGAGCAUGAAUUGUCAGUAUUGCAGAAUGAUUGCAAAGAACUCCGGGAAAACUGUGAAGAUUACAAACGCCGUUCUGGCUACUUCCAACGUCAAAAUUUGAGGCUAAAACAGAGUUGCCGAGAUAUGUCAACACAGGUCAGCUUUUGGAACUGUCAACUUUUUAAUCUUACGCACUUAUUUUCGAGGUUAUUUUGACUAAUCUCUUAGAAUAUUAUACAAAGUCGGCUUUAUUGGGAAUGGUGGCCUAUGUCAAGAUAACCGUUUCUUAUAUUGAAUUGAGCCAGAUAAACCCGCCUGUCUUUUGGGGUUAAAGGAUUGUAGGCUGCACGAAGGUUAACUGGUCAACCUGUUAGGCUUCCUUCUUAUACCUUCCGUUUUUGUUAUCACCUUAGCCCGAAGAAGGUGAAUUCGUCUACUUCCGUGCUUUACCGUUUGAACCCCAAGUUAGUAGGAAAGUUUCUUUGUUCCCUGCAUAGCGCCUCCUACACUCAGGAUUUCACUGUGAUUCGCAAUUUAUGGCUCUGCUUACCAAAUGGUUACGCGUCCUCUAACCACCCUACUUUCCGGCAUUAGUCAUCAAUUUUUCUCCUGCUUCCGUGGUGUCGAUCCUUUUUGAGCCAACCUUUAUUUCCCUCCAGGUGAAAACUCUUAUUCGUGAAUUGGAAAUCGCCCGCGGGACGGUUAUUCGCUCUGACAACUCCGAGUCCGACCAUCCUGAUAGUAGUAGUAACAGUGACCGUCUGGUAGACGAGUCCCUAGAUAGUCGCAAACUCCUUGAUGCCUGCAUUGCAGCUAACAAUGUGAUUGACGAUAACCUCGUCACCUUUGCUAGCCUGUCAGAGCUCCAAUCACAAAAUCAGAAGUUACUGCUCGUUGCUCGGGAUCUGGCGAGUCAGCUGGAAGAGCGUGAGUCUACUGACGAACACCUUGCGAACCGAGUGUCAGAACUGUCUGCCAAGGUGGAUGCUUUGUCCGGUGAGGUCAACGUUGCUCGUCUGGCAGCCAAAGAGGCUCGAAGCGAGGCAGACCUGGCCAUCAGACAGCGGGAUGCCUAUCAGCGUGUUCUAGAGCGUCAUUCGAUUUCUACCAGUCUUGCAGACGUCUCCUCGAGUGUUCUCGAGGAGUCCGUCGGCCCCAGACAUUCACUCAGCCCUUACGACAACUUAAGUAUUCUCGCAAACCGGGGUAAAUUCUUUUUCAGUCGCUUUCUGCUAUGCAUUCUCCCGAUUUUGUCAAAGAUUGUAUCGAAGAAUUGUUCUUUUCAGAUUCUUCAAUAAACACCUCCAUGAAUGUGACCGCUCAGCAGUCGUCACCAGCUGUCAGCAAGCUGGAAGAAUCGCUCUGUUCUCUACACUCAGACUUUCAACAAUAUCGGGAAGAGAAGGCGAAAACCGAUGCAGUUUAUACUGAAACCGUCGAAAAGCUUCGCACGGAAGCGAGCGAGGCACGAGUUCUCAAUCAAAAACUCGCAUCACAGGUACAUUGUCAUAGUCUGACCAUAUUUUGCGUUUUUGGGGCAUUAAAUCCAAGGUGACCUACCCUUCCCUCCUACAACCUGUGUGUUGCUCGACAACGUCAUCCACACGCCGUUUUCAAUCGCCUUUUACAGCUGGACUUUACUCACGAAAAGUUCCGCACCCUGGAGGCAAAUGUGGCCAACUACAAACAGGAAAUCGCCAUUCUGCGCGAGAUGAACGCGCGCUACACGACAUCUGCUGCAGCCAGCGACGAAGCCCUUACACACCUACGUGAGCAAGCUGCUCGAACAGCAGAUAGGCUUACUGCGGCGGAGGCUGAUUCUCGCCAACUGGCCAGACAACUGGAGCAUGCCAGGGCCAAUGAAGCUCGCCUAACGCAGGAACUCCAGUCUGUACGCAAACAGGCGGUCAUGCAUGAACAGCUGAUGCGCCAGCUCCAGCUUAUCCAAGUAGGUUUACAUGACCACCAAUUCUCGGUCUUACCUCUCGCCUACCUCGGUAAUACGGCUCUAUUUACCCCUUUUUUACCUCGUAGUCUAAUCUGGAUCAACGGGAGGAGAUGGAGAAGCGUCAGAUGGAGCGUCGUGUCGCCUCCCUUGAGACGGAGUUGGCCGAAGUUCGCCGCAAGUCUGACGAAAAGCUGGAGGCUGCCAACGCACAAAAUUCCACACUACAAACAGAAUUGCUGUUGGCCCGACAGUCACUCAAAGUCUCGGAAGAUGAGUUGGUGGAGCUUCGGACCUCGCUUGCAGAAGCAACCAAGCAACGCGCCCCGUCCCCCAAAAGUGCGUAUCUUCUCGUUAGUAAAUUGUAGUACUUUCCCUGUCGUGUGUACAUCAUAUUUCAUUUAAUAUGAUGUGGGAAUUCUCCUCGCUGAUCUGCCAGACCUCGUAUCGUUACGCUUCUGUUCCAAAUCCGCGUCCUGAACGCUCAUUGACUGUGAGUACCUAAAGAACGUCUGUCUUUGCAAACCCUUCUUCAGCUGUUGAUACGAAUGAAAACUGACGUCGGUGCUCAUGAAAUGCACCUUGUUUCACUGACAUUGAACACUGUUCUACGAUAUUCUGCUGCUUUUACAUCUCUCGCUUGCUAGGUGCCUCUCAGAAAAAUACGAAUUUUCAGUCAUCCAUUCGGAACUGUUUCGACAACAGUUAGUGAUUCAGCGACCCAGUGAAUUAACAAUCUGAGUAAAUGUCUGCCUGGCAUGCAGUGGGUACUUGUCAUGUUCGCCAUCCUUGCCCAUAUGUCUCGAUGGGCGUCAAACGAACACAUUGGCGGAAUUACUCACAAUAGGCUUAUUGUCAUAUGGUUCGUCUUCGACCACAUUUGCAGUAAGUAAACUAUGUACGAUUCGCAUGCAUUCCCGUGACCAUGUUGCGGUCUUACCUGUCCAACAUACACAGGGGAGGAAAAGCUAGAUAACGUGGGUACGAAUUAGAAGGGUUUUAUCUCACUUGUCAAAGUCAACUGUGUGGUUGAAGAUGUUGUAGAUGUCAUAUGUUCAAUUACAAAAAGCAGCAUUAGACAAACAGCCGAGAAUCCUUAUUCUCUCCCUAUCCGUCUAGGGUCUCUCUUUUGGCUCCUCGUCGUUCACAGAAGUACUUUUCAAAUCCUUUCCUCUCUGACUUAAGUCUUUUAUCCCACUUUAAUAGCAACGCCAGACCAACCUCAGACCGCGACUGGUGAUCUGAAGGCCUUGGAACACAGUAAUCUAUCGAGUCGGCUCCGCGAUCUGGAGAGAGAAUGUGCAUCUCUGCGCGUCUCCCUUGAGGCGGCCCGCGGACAGAGUGUGGAGUAUCAGAAAUUGGCCAAUGAGAUGGAGGAACAUAUUGCUAGACUCAGCAGGGAGCGGGAUGAACUUGAGAAGACAUCCACAGCUGAGGCUGAGGAACGCAACCAGCGUAAGCAAGUCCUCCCUUUAUGUGCCUACUCUUCUGGGCAUCGUGAAUGCUCUUUCUCGUGAAAUGUGCGUAAAUUCACAUAAAAUCCCUGGUAACUCUGAAGCCAGUACAAAUGAAUCGACCAAGACUGGCCUGAUCAAACAGAAACGACCUUCAGUUAGAUUUAUAAUACAGAAGUAAUGGAACUAGCAUUAUACCUUAGUGAAAAUGCCGAAAACGCGAGAAAUCGUGCCAAAUGAGUAGGUUUAAUGUGUGGAAGUGCAUGCCGCAUACCCCUGCGUACAAUGUAUGCCCAAAAAGUCGAAGAACUUACAUAAUCCUCGGAUAAAAUAUCCCCCAAGAAUUGAUGCGAUACAACUAUCAGUAAACUGCUUUUUCGGGGUGUUCAGCAGGAUAGGGAAGCAAGACAUUUAAUUUCCGCAUUGUUCCAUUUGCGGCUGAUCAAGACAAAGAUAAAUUCGUUAAAGAAAUGGAAGUUUUCAUAAGGUAAACUGUCGGGAGACCGAUCGGUAACUACCAAAUGGAAGAAAAUAGCUGACCGAGCCUCAAGCAUACCACCUGCGUACUUGUGGAAUCAUUCGCCUGCAACGGUGUCGUAUGUCUUCUGACGACGGCAGAGGCCGCUGAAUCUGGAGGGGUCCUCGAAAUACCAAUUAAUAACUGCAGUUUUUACUGUCCUAAGUAGAUUUGUCGAAAAGAGGGCAUCGAAAUCAAACAGUUCUUGGGGACUUUUACCUGUGCAGUGGGUUUUCGGCCGUUACUUUCUCUGUAGCUGAUUUGAGCCAUAACUGUGGAUUCAGCUAAGCAUAAAACUUGAUUGCUGAAGAAAGUAGGCACCCAAAACUAUGCCCUCGAGCAAACGAUAAGCCUUUUUUCUCCAAAAAGUGCAUCUUUAAGUUGUUUUGCAAAUAAGUGUACAUAUUCGUCAUGUUUUCUCGCAGUGAAUUCAGGGAAACAGUCAAUACCCUUUCCUUUCCUGCGUUUCCCUGGUUGAUAGGGACCACUUUUCUACUACAGUCGCAGACCAUCUCCCUAUUUGGCGACCACCUUCCUCGUCUUUGCUUAAUUAUUACCCCAAUUUUGCGAAUAUGAAUGCGCUAAAGAGUGACAGCACAACUAUUAAAAUAGCCCUUAACCGACGGAAACGUCACCCAUUCCGUUUCCAAAUUGCGUGUUGACCGAGUACAAACAACACAGAAAACUUCUUGGUUAUUUGAUGGUAGGGCUUUUUUGAGACACUUAUAGUAUACGUGCAUUGGUCUAGACAUAACGGGUGUGGUAAAACGACCGAUUGCCUGUUGCCGUCAUUAUUUUGUUUGAGGGCGCAAAAUUGCACAAAUUUGCAAGCCAGCAUUUCUAGGGGAGAAAGGGACCUUUGUUCUUCUAAAAAUAACACUGUUCUUAUCUUGUCGCAUCCGGUUUACCCGGAACGAAAAGGCAUUUUUUUAAGUCAGCAAAGAUAGUUUUAGCCGAUCUUUCUUAUCUAGAUUUUUGUCCUAUACUAGAGAAGUGUGCAAGUACACAGCUGUUAUCUACGAUGGUAAUUAGCAUAAGAAGUUUUCUAAUUAUGCUGUUUUCUUCCGUCCAGAAUAUGCAUUUAAUAGUUAAUGGAAGGACUUUGAUACAUAUUUUGCGUGAGGAAAAGACCUUAUGCAAUGCAUUAAGCGACUAGGUAAGAUCCACAAUGUCCGAAGCUAUGCCAAACUGACCAUCUGAAUUUAGCCCAGUUCUAAUUAUUUCAGUCACUCACGUACCGUCCUAGCUCUUAUCCUUACCUAUGGGGGCCAUUCCAGCGCACCCACCCUUUUGGUCGUAUGCUCCUUUAGAUGUGGCGCCUUACGUGCAGCAUCGUCUGGUGACAUUCUUUUAUCUGCUGCCUGCUAAUUAAAUGUCCGACCUAUGUAUGACAAUCCAACCCAUCAUCUACUCUGAGCUGAUGACGGUGAUGCUGUUACCACCAGUUCCGUUAGAACGAUCGGUGAGCGCCCCCCUACCAUUGUAUAUUCUCGAUCGAAAACCAACAGAACAACGGGCUCGUGGGCCAGUGGUUAGAGGCGUGGUCUUCUAACUAACAGGUCGCGAGUUCGAGCCUCGGGUGUUCCACACUUCGGGCUAGGGUAUGACUGGCUGACGACGGCUAAUAAACCAGAAAUGGCCACUCCAGUCUCUCUUGUCUUUGGUCGGUAAUGCCAUUCCGCCUAUAUCAUGCGCCGCUGUGCGGCUGCUGGUUGGGUUCGAGGAGAGCCCAUAUGGCACAACGCAACGAGUGAGUUCCGUAAGAACGAUCGGUGAGCGCCCCCUACUAAUGAACCUUUUGUUGUGUCUCAGUCAUUGGUUGUUAACGGCCUCGAUUGUUUCUUAUUACUUGAUUAUUUGUGAACUCUGCGUAUUUUUCCGCGUGCACCCUAAAGGCUGUGAGUUCCUCGAACUCCAGCUGAACCUUGAGAGGAUGGAGCGCCAGGACGUAGUGAACGAAAAUGUUCGUCUGAACGAAGAACUGAACAAGCUGCGCACUGACUUGCGCGCGGAGCUGGCUGCCGCACGCGCCGACCUCACCGCGGCCAUUGAGCGCCGGGACGCAGCUCUGGAGUUUGAGAACAAGGCCCGCUCUGAAAUCGAAGCCCACGAGAAGACAGCUCGUGAGGCGAGAGAGAAGUACGAAAUGGAACUAAAACUGCAUGCACAGGAUGUCCAGGUUUGUACUCAUCCGCUUCUCCAGUACUUUGUGCGCACUCAUUAUUGCUGCUCUUUUGCGUGAGCUGGUUUAAAAGCUGUUUCGUAAUUCAUCUUUUUUUCAGUACGAUACCUCUAGGCGCAUAUACUCUUUACUAGGGGAGUCGAAGGGGCUCUCAGUGUAUUUCGUUUUUUUUACUUUCUCCGUGCUCUGACGGAUGAUGUGUCUUCUGGUUUGCUGUUCAGACCAUGGCCUGGCCACUCCUGAAUAAAGUUUACGCUGACUACCACAACCAAACAAUCCGUCUACGCGAACCACGCACGACCUCGUUCCGCGUGUGUCUCAGACCUCACUGUUGAGGAUGCUCUAAAGACGCCCCAUUAAGAAGGGACCAUUGCAGCCUUACCUGUAGUCUUGAGUGGGACCGAGUUACCACGUCAGUUGGCAAUUCUCCGAGCCACGCCUGCUAGUGCAUCUUAACAGAUUCAAACGCAUCCAGAUUUAUUGUGGUGAGGAAGGCGUUGAUUUGCCGUAAACAUUAUUCCACUAGUAUCUACCUGAAUUCCUUCCCUCCGAUUCGCCGACUGACUGUCUAAGCAUGUCAACUAACUGGGCUCAUUUGCUGUGACGUGUCGUGAGAGCCUCCGUCUAAGGCGUGCCAUACGCAUGUAUUGUGGUAGUUAAGGCCUUGUGCAAACGCGGUGCAGCCCGGUAAGUUCAUGCCGCCAAGCAUUAUACAUGUAAACACAUAUUCCCACUAGCCAGGUAGGUGAACACAAUUAGAACUAGGAAAUAAGUGGUUAACACAGCAUUCUGCGGCCGCCCUCGUCUCCGGUCUUUUUGACACCGUCUUGACACCGAGCCCAGGCGGGGGAGGAGGAGAGAGUGUAGGUAGAUGCAGCGCAAGUCUACUGGCACUAUAAACCCCUGCGCAAGUCACCGUCCCUGCUCCCACCUGCUGUGGGACAUACGGUGGACAUCAUCGAAAUCGAUGGUCGAACUGUCGGUAUAUAGAGUUAAUGUAUACCGCAUGUAUUUGAAUCUUUUGAGAUUAUUACUUUCCAGGCAAUUAGUCUGUGUACAUGCUCGUUGCAUGCUUCGGAUGAAACCUCAGUGAGGGGGAACUCUACCGAGUGUCUCUUAUUUUGAACUUGCAAGACUACCUCUUAAAUCAUUUCUAGCUGCGCGCCCCCUUUAACGUUCGUUGGGGAUUUUUGUCAAGCGCCCUUUGCGGGAUUUUUUGAACCAUUCUGAAGGGGUUUCAUCAUAUACAUCAGGCACGCGGAGAACAAACGUCGACGUCGUUUAUGACAGGUUUUCGCGAGGUCACUAGACCCUAUUAAGCUAUUUAUCGAAAAUUCUUGUAGGGCACUCGCUGAACACUUCACCCAUUUGGUAUCUAUUAUGCUUGACUCACUCGCAGGUGACUGUCUUUUUGCUCUUUACCGUCUUCUGCGGAAAAUUAGAGGUGCGCCCUUCACAACUGAUAUGAGGCAACAUCCGCGCUAAUGCUUAUCAAAUAGUUCGAGUAGACAUUCACACAUCUGUUGUCAUUUGUAUAUUUCUGAUAGACCGUUGGAAAGAUAUUGCCACGUAAAAAGGGGAGUGUCUUUAAAAUCCAAUAAACAACACUGCAUUGCACACCUGCGACCAGUUUGUUUUUAAUUCGCACGACUUAUGCAUUGCUCUCAGCCGAUGUCAACGUCUAGUUCUGCAGCAACACGCAUUGUUCCAUCAAGUGGUAGGACAGCCCCGGUGGACCCCUUCUGGUCGUAUUCGGACUUAUAGACUGUCUCGAAAACUACCAUCGACGAGGUGCCAGCCAUGACCGGGACGUGGCCAGACCACUAUCUGAUAAUGGUGGACAGUCGACUGGUGAACGGGAGUGGGAGUGAAGUCCACUCUGGGUACUUCGCCCCUAUGGCACUUCAGCACAUGUUCUCACUACAAACAGUCUGACGCACUGGAAUUUAUCACGACGCGCUAAAAGUCGUGGCUUGCGAGACUGCCAACUGACAGUAUAAUUCAGACCUCGCAGUCAGCCCUGUGUGUGUUAAAUGACUGACUGGUGGACUAGGAGUCAGUAUCAGUGGCUCCUUGAUGUAGCCUCUAUGGCACACACACACACAUGUGAGAUCCGGGCCGCCCCAUUUUAUGAAAACCUUGUGUGUUGUGCGGUGUAUAAGUCGUGUGUGACACACGCAGAUAGACGGCGCGUUUAGCUCUGUCAGCCACUUACACCCAAGCCUAGCACCAGGUGGCUGGCCGUCUGGGUGCUCCGUCCCCACGGCACUUGAGCACGUUUUCUCACAAUGAACGGCUUGACGCACCAAAAGCUGUGGCUUGGAGGGCUGCCAACUAACAGGAUAACUAGGCUCUUCCAGGACCGAGAGUCAGGCUGUAAUAGCUCCCCGAUGUAGUCUGUACGGCACUUCCACUCAGACGGGGUCCGAGCCUGCUUUCGCCUCUGUGAAAGCCCGGUCCUUUAUGCGCGGGCCGGACGUGCGUGGCACGCGUAGACGGGCUGUUUAGCAUUGCCAGCCACCGCGCCCGAUCCUGUCUCCAGUCGUUCUGACUCUCCCCACCAGGCUCGGGAGGGUAAGGGAGAAGAGUGUUGCAGAUGCUGCGUAAGCCUACCACCAGUAUAAACUAUUUCACUCGCAGGUUACAACCAUUUUGUAGGGCAUAUGGUGGACGUCGUCGUUCGCAACAAUCGAACAGACAUUCAGUAAUGCCCUCUCAAUAACAGGGACAGAACUAACCACAAAGUAAUCUGGUUUCAUCCUUUUCAGUUUCUGAUUACUCAUUUCCUGACCCACUUCUGUCUCAUACACCUUCAGCUGCUGACGGAAGCUAGGAGGGUCUCGUCCAGUGCCUCGUCUGAAAUCAGCGCCCUCAAGGCAGAGCUGGAGGAAUCGCGAGCUCGACUGAAAGAUGUGAACUCCAGUACUGAAGCCCAAACGGGUCUGUGGGACGAAGAGCGUGCCAAGUUGAGUGCGCAACUCGACGAGUCCAACGCUGAGGUUGACCGCCUGCAGGAGCAGAUUCUCAAGGUACGCCCUCCUCACUUUUUACCUGUAUUGUUUUCGAUUCGGACAAAGGGGGAGACUUGUAAGAAGCGCAGUUGACUAGCUGUAUUUGGAAAACUUAUUAUCUAAUAGUGUUUUGAAGACUCGAGAUAGUCGGUCGGGGACCUGAUCUGGGCGGAUGCCCUGGCCACCUUCGCCUGUGUUCCGCGGCGUAACGCCUGUCUAAUUCCAUGCUAUUGACAGUAGUUGUUUUAUGCUGUAAGUUCUUGCCGACAAAGACAAGGGAGACUGGAAUGGCCAUUUCUGGCUUAUUAGCCGUCGUCAGCCAGUCAUACUCAACCGCGAAGUCUGGAACACCUGAGGCUCGAACUCGCAAUCCGGCCACAAGCAAUGGUUCUAGACCGGAGUCCCAGGACGAAACCUAGCGUCCGCCCCUGUCCAGCAAUCAGGAGAGGCCGGUAACCGUCACACUCGCGCCACUUAUUUUCCUGAUGAUAGACACCAGACUGUGUGCCCGCGGCCCGUCUGGUAUGACCGACUGAACCCGGAUCCAAAUCGCGUGUAAUUCCAGCCUGAAUUUAGGGCAUAGCUAGUUGACAAUGUCGGGUUACCAAAAAUUGUCAUUUCUCCCCCACUCUUUCCCCGCGGCACACCUGUUGGCCCUCCUUUCCCAUGUUCCCGAAAGUGCCCGCUUCCUAUUAGCAAGUUACUCGCUUGGACAACAGCUUCAGCCUUCAGUCUUGUGCUGUUCACCUCGUCCAUGUUGUCGGUUGUAUUCACCCUCCUCCUCCCUCUGUAUCCCGCUCAGUUGACUGAACAACUCAACGGCCUGCGCAAACUGCUCGAGCAAUCGACCUCAGACACCAUCGCAGCUGAGCAAUUUACCACUCAAAUCCAGGCCUCUGAAGACUUUGCACAGAUUCUAAGGUAAGCCUCCACCACUCCUAGUAGUCAGCCUACUCUAACUAUGACUCGUUUCAUCGACCGUCUUAAACGCAUUCUGGGAACGAUUUGUCCUUCCAGUUAUCUGAGGCGUCAAAAAUCGAUUGCCGAGGCGGCGGAGGAGACAGCCAACGCCGAAGUCGCCCGCCUAACCCUGCGUGCAAAGAACCUCGAACGGCAGGUCGUUGAUCUGCAGACAAAACUGGCCGAGGAAAAGCGCAACAGCGAAGUGAAGGCAGAAACAUCACGUCAGCACGCUCACCUGAUGAACCAACUGGAGCAGAUGAAUCUUCUUAGCGAGUCUAACCGUCUUCUGAGGCAGGAGAGGGAGACUGUACGCGAGGCUGCGGCUCGAGCAGAAGCCCAGGUGCGUUUCUCCCCUCUGAACGUGGUUUCUCCAAGAUCCAGAGCUAAAUGGGGCAAGAUCUUGUUUCGCAGCCGCCCCUGCUACCACCGACGCCGUAUGAGAGGCGGCUGGGGUUUGUCUACUGUAGAUGUGGCUGCGAAAUAGGAUCAGACCCCAAAUGGCCUUCGUGGUCAUCUCGGGCUGUUUCUACUAAUUUCCUCCCCAUUGUUCAGGUUAGACUCUUCUGUGCACUAUAUCCUACCGCGAGCCUAUGCAUAUGUACUUCGAAUGGUCUAUGCACACAUACAUGUGUAUUCUCUAUCAUUCGGAUAUACAUGUGUGCAUAUAUACAGUAGGUGGGCUAACUCAUGAAAUGUCCAUCUAAAUUCCGAAAUUCGUUUUCGUUUCGAAAAGAUUAAUUAAGUAGGGUUGUAAAAUAAGUCAGUCCGCAACAUAAUUCUAUAAUAUCUCAGUUACCUCAGGAUGCCGGCUUUCGAAUGAACUCCCUUCUGGCUGCAUGCAAAAACUACACUCUGUAACAAAUGACUACUUAUGUGGCGUGACUUUUUCAUUUUCACGGAAAACAUGCAUAAAAAUAUUCAUUCUUUCGCUCAUUCGGUAGAAAACUGCAUCUUCCAAUUUUAUACUCGAAGGAGGGGCACAAUUCAGUUUUCAAAAAGUCUCGAAUUGUGGGACUUUUAAAUACCGUGAAAAGGCCGUUCAUAAAUCGUCAUGUCUCUGCAUUUACCAACGUGACUUGUUAAGUCAACAAUAUGGAUCAAAUCCACUGCUUAAUUUUAUGAACCCUAUAUGGUCCCCCUUUAUUACCGUAGAGAGAUGUGUGGUUUUCCGUACGCGGAAAAUAUAAGGCUUGUAGUUUGGAAACCCCGAAUCCAAGUUUAACGGUAGAGCGGGUUCAAAAUUAUUCGUUAAUUGUUUUUGAAAACCGAAUUAUACCCUUCCUUCUAGUAUAAGAUUGGAAGAAGACGUAAUUAUCUACCGAAUGGGCAAAAGAAAGAAUAUUUUUAUGCAUGUUUCCCUUGAAAUACAAUUGGACAAUGAGAAAAAUAUAUGCCACUUAAGUAGUAGAUUUUCACAAAGUGUAGUUUUUGCAUGCAGCCGGAAGGAAGUUCAUUCGAAGGCCGGCAUCUCGAGCUAACUGAAAUAUAGAAUUAUGUUGCAGGCUGACUGAUUUUACAACCCUAUUUAAUUAAUUUUUCCGAAACGAAAACGCAUUUCGGAAUUUCAGUUGACGUUUCAUGAGUUAGCCCACCUACUGUACGUACAUAUAUGCAAAAUGACGUUGCCAGCAAGGACAGAGGAGGCUGGGGUAGCUAUUUCCGGUUUGUCAGUCGUCACCAGCCAGCCAUACCCAACUUCGAGGUAUGCAAUCCCCGAGGCUUGAACUCACGACCUGUUGGUUAGAAGUCCCACGCCCUAAUAGCUGAGCCAGGGGCUCGUUGUUCUGUCGGUUGCGAUCGGGCAUAUUAACAACGGUAGAAGGACGCGCACAGAUCGCGUCACGGAACUCACUCGUCCAGUUGUUAAUAUACCCGAUCGUAGCCGACAGGAUAACGAGCCCCUGGCUCAGCUAUUAGGGCAUUGGACCCCUAACCGAUAGGUCGCGAGAUCGAGUCCCAAGUGUUCCACGCCUCGGGGUUGGGUACGGCUGGCUGACGAUGGCUAAUAAGUCAGAAAUGGCCGUUGCAGUCUCCCUUGUCCUUGUCUAAAUCGAUAUGCCCAACAAAUUAGAGCAUGACAUACUGACCUUACAGUGCCCAUCUCUGAUCGGUUUUCUCGCAAACAAGACGACUCGUGUGUUCAGGUAUCUGAACCAGAAAGUUAUACAGUUGCGGUUCUAUGAGCGUAUCCGUUCUGCUUUUGUCUGCUUGUCACUUGCCAUUGACCAUUGACAAACGUUUAGGGAUUGUUACAGUUACGCUCAUUUUAGUUCUUUUUCUCUUCCCCGUAGCUUGCCGCCUUGCGUGCUGAUACGGAACCCAUGCGUAGCCAGUGCAAAAGCCUCGAGGACGCCCGUGACCUCUUGAUCUCCGAGAAGAAGUCACUGGAAGAGGAACGUGACCGGUGGAAGGAGCGAUGCACGCGUCUGGUUGAGACCACAAAGCGCAUGGACCCCGAGGAAUACAAACAAGCCUGGUAAUUAGCUAUUCUUCCUACCUAGGGCACAUCUGAGAAAAACCUCCACCUUCUGGCCACUUUUAGGGCAUUUUCAGCGUUUCCAUUUUCGCUUCGCGUCAACACCGCGCUUGUAAUGCCAGCCAGUUGGCAAGAAGGGGUCUUCAGGGGGAAGUUUCAACCAGCUUAAGGAAUCUCUUCCAGAAUUAGCGUACCCCUACAACGGACCGCGCAGAAGUUGCGCUGACCAAACACGUGGGCCAGAUCGGGUUACGGCGCACCCAUAACAAACGCCAUACAUGGAGUCGUUGUGGCACGCCUAUGCGCAUGCUCAUGCCACACCAGCCAGCUCCGCCCAAUCCCGCCUCUGGUCUUGGCACAGGCGCCAGGUGGGGGAAGGGGGGAGGAGGAAGAAAUGAGGCAGACGCUGCGCAAGUCUACUAUCACUAUAAACGAAUUCACUUAAGCCCCUGCCACGGCGCCCAUCCUGCUGUGGUACACACGCUGAAUGUCGUCGGUAACGACGGUCUAACUGUCGGUAUAUGAAAGUUGUAAUAGAUAGUUGACUCUUCUCGUUUCAGCGUAAUGUGCCGAAAUCACUCAUGUUCGCACUCGCACCUGCAGGAGACAGUAGACAGCCAUUGGGCUUCUAGGUAAGAAUCGAACUCCAAAAGAAACACCUAUUCAAACCAUCUUUCAUCAAUGGAUUUUGAUGUUUCAGAAGAAGAAGAAGAGGACGAAGCGACCACUGAAACAAGUAAUUUAUUAAUCUGGCGUUUCAAAAUCUCACUCGACUGUCUCUGGUGAUGGACUCGAGUGAGAAUCCGAAACUUCAAGCCAAUAAACUUCUUGUUCCAUUGAUCGCAUCUUCCACUGAACUGUUUCCUGGAACGCGCCUGUUCGCCUUCAUCGGCAAUUUUGCUGUUUACCAGUCCAAAAUAGGCUGUCUUCUAUCCGCUGUACUUCUUUCAAUCGAAAAAAAAACAGUAAACUCUACCUACAUAACAGGCGUUGACCAUGUCAUUUGUGGUCCUUAUUUGUUCAUCACCCAAAACCGCCUGCAAUCUACCUAUAACAUUUUCAGGAGAAUAUUGUCCAUUAAUAACCAGUCAUGAAUGACGGUGUCUCAGUGUUAAUUUAAGCCUCUUCCAUAAUACCCCUUUUGGCCCGAACUACACUGGAGGAGGAAAACAGGUGAUAAGAAGUAGCACAGUUUUAAGACUUCCCUUCUCUAAGAGGUAAAUUCCCUAACAAACUCGCUUUCGUAUUCCGCCCAUAGUAACGCACGUGACGAGUUGCAACGUCGUCUGCGCUCUCUGGAGGAUGCCAAGUUGGCUAGUGAACGCGAAGCCGAGGCUAAACUAAGCACAUUGGAGGGCCGCGUUGCGGAGCUGACGACAACCGUUGACCAGCUGGAGGCUCAAAAACGCGUCAACGAUGUUCAGAUCUCUUCCCUCGAGUACGUUUGACUUCUCUCCUGCUCUUGGCUGUUAUCUGCGUGCGUAGCGACAACAGGGGUGUAUACUUGCCCUCCCCCCCCCCCCCCUCCAUCAUCACUGCUUUACCUAAGUCAAGUUGACGUGUUUCCGCUGUCUAGGUGCCCAUAUUGCUUUGCUAAUGAAGAGUGCUUAUCUUUUUCACCCUCUCUCUCAACAGAUCCCAGUGCAACACCCAGAAGGAAGAGUUAGAGAAACGGCAGACAAACAUCGUCAAACUGCGUGAAAUAGCUCGCAAAUAUCGCCACGAAACGGACGAGCUGCGUUCCCGAAUUUCCAGUUCUCAGGCCCAGGGUGAGCUCCCCUUUUUUUCUUAAUUUGCAAUUCCCUCCCGAUACACCGGUUUUAAAUGCUUACUUUCUUCCUGGCUUUCAUAGAGGCUACCAUGAAGACCGCUGAGGAAGCCGUGGUCGCAGCCCAGGCAGACCUUAUGAACGCCCGCUCUAACCUGGAGAUCGAGCACGAGCGAUCUUUGCAGCUGUCACGAGAAUUGGAUCAUCUAAAGACCCUCAUGGAUACUGCCGAGGUGACCUGUCUUUUCUGUCGGUCUUGCAUCUCCACUGCUUGUGAUCAUAACCUAUUAGCUCCCAUCUUUGCCUCUUUUCUUACUUCGCACUAGUUAUUUCCCCGUUCCCCAAUAUAAUUCCUCCGCCCUGCGUGACGAAGUCCACCAGUGUCCCCAUGGCGCAGUAGUGGCUUGUGUUGAUUGGUUAAUAGCCAGGGAGACUUGUGCAGCGUCUAUCCCAGCCCCCUUCUUUUCACAUCCAGUUCCCCAAUGGCAGGACAAAGUCAAGACGACUGGAGACAGGUGUGAGCCCAGUUACUAGCAGAGUUAAACAGCACGCUUGUGUGUGUCACGCAAAUGCUAAUCGCUACUGGUCCCCAAUCCAGACUUCAAAUAAGGUAUCAGACGGCUCAUCGAAAAACCCUGCCACAAAGGACACAGUAAGAAGGAUCCAUUGCAUCACCACCUGCAGCCCGGAGGAGGAUCAAGUUACCCCGUCAGUUGGCAGCCCUCCGAGCUACGACCAUCAGGGCGUCGUAAUAGUUUAGGCUGUGUCGAAUGUAUUGUGGUGGGAAAACUUAACGCGUGAUCCAUGCCAAAUCGGCCCCUCUAUCUCCUACCUCUACGUAAUCUGCUGGCAUCAAGUCUGAGUGCAACUGACUGCAGAUAUGAUCAGGCACAGUGGAUGAUGUGGCGUAAAGCCUCCGGUCAAUGCGUGCCACGCGUUCUUAUGGCCCCCUUUUUGAUUGACGCCAUUGCCCCCUCCGUCUACCAGAACACUGUUUUGCCUGCUCCACCACCUUGAAGUUCACCUAUAUUACAUAAAUUCUCAGGGAUGUUAGCCCGCCAAGCAACAACAACAGCAUCAAUGGCCCAGUCGGGUACCUUCUAACCCAUUGUGGUACGAUUGGAGGACCGCUACCAGUAGUCCGACCUCCGUCUGGUCCUCUUUAUCUGCACUUUCAACACCCUCCCGGCAUCGCACAGACCUAAUCGGUCAUAUGUGCUUGUACGAAGCAAACAGCAAAACCUCACCAGUUACUCCUACAGCGAUCAUGUAAUCAGGUCUGUCGAUGUCAUUCGCGACGGACAAUGCGUCGUCUGUGUGGACGCUUGCAUGUGACGCGUUGUACGACGGCUCCAUGUCACCUUAGCCACUUCGUCCAACCCCGUCGGCAUGAGGAGGAGGGUUUCGAAUUUCGCCCUCAAGAGCAAAUGACUGGACGACGGACGUGUACACCGAACAGAGUGUUCACACUGACUACUUCAUGUGUUUUAAGCCGUGAUUGGGCCCUACCAGACCUAGGCAUGAUGAGGGAAUAAAGACCUGAACUGAAGUCUGUCGUUUCUGUACGGAUUCAAGUCCCUAGCUGCAAACGUCCAACUACACACCCCCCCUCCGUCGGCUGAGAUCACAAAUGUGCACAGUCAAAGCAGCGAAAUUACGGGAAGUAGCAUCGUCAUUCCACCUGCAGUCUGGGACUUCACAAGCUAAGCUGCCCAACAUUAAGGUGCGGGCGGGCAGCAUACCCCAAGGUAAUCCAACUAUGAAGACCCGGUCCCAAUGCCCCAAUAAUUAUAUUGCCCAUUGCCCUUAAAUAUACUGAAUUACCAACAAAUACAUGGGAGACUGGCUGGUUGUUUUUAGCCUAUUUGCCGUUGCAAGCCAAUCAUACCUCGGCGGCAGCUCAGGAGAGCCCAAGGUUUAAGCCCGGUUCAAGUCGGCCCUUAACCUUAAAACAUUGUCAUAUGAUACUCUGGCUCACGCUCUUCCGAUUGUAAUAAAGAAUUGUCAAAGUCACGCGAAGGUGGUGUCCGCCGACCUGACCAAUGACCAACCGAGUGAAGGUCCCGGUCUAAAAUACCGGUACCUCAAUCACUCUUGCCUCUGUUAUACUCCCCCUGGCUUAUUUAUUGAUCGUCACGGUGCAAUCGCCUGUGUAGAGUCUUACAAUGAAGCUGCAGGAUAAAGCAAAGCAUCCGUAUUCCGUCCUGAAAUCACGACAUGUGAGUAAAUUACUUGACUAUGGACGUCAUGCCGUUAGUUGUCUGUGUAUAUGCCACCUGUCGACGUCCAGACGAGCGUACAGUUGGUUGCCCAAAUUGCGACCGAAAAACUGCCUUAUUUGAAGGUGAUAGUUGACUGACGGCGACAGACUCGGUCGAGGUCUUUAACUGCGUUUUCGCGUAGCAAUGGUUAUUUCAAUAAAACCAUAAAAUCAUUUGUAAAAUAUGAUAUCACAUCAAUCAGUAUCCAAUAGCAUGCCUUCUGUCCGCCAAAAACUUCUUUGCUUAGAUAAGACUCCCAGGCGUUGUUGUAUGCAUUUUCAUUGUUUAUGGCGCCCAUUUAGAGUUAAUUAUUCUUCUGCUUGAAAGGGCUGACGAGAAGUCGCCCCUAGAAGUAAGCUCCCGAGGUUACCCAAUCCUGCUUCCUUGAACACGUUUUACUGUGUGUGUCCCUGAAUGCCACUGUAUUCAGAUAUCGCAGGCUCCCUGCCCUUUUUGGUUGUCAUGCCGAUUACUUCAAAUUUUAUGUACUUGUUCAAAUUGCUAAAGGGGAUUUCUAGGCCUGUAUCUGAGGGUAGGGAGGUUAGUUCUGAGUGUGAUCGUGUUCAAUUGUUUGAAAACUUCGUCCUGAAACUGUGUUCAAAAUUCAUAAUAUUGAAUCGACGUAAUCCAUAAUUGCCUUAGUUACUACAUUUGUCAGAGCAGAUUAUAGAAAAUAGGCAGAAGACAUCUGCUGUGACCCACAUUUCGUGCCAUGUACUUUUCAAAUUGAAUACUGAUUAGUCCUCACAAGGAUAGGGCACCCCUAGUCUAACCCAAUCAAUGCUCUGCCCACCAAAAUCGUCUGCACCAUCUCAGAUUUAAUGGCAGAUACUAGCCAUUACAGAGCAAGAUUUUAGUAUUUUUCCAGGUUUGCAACUUCUUGGUCAUUUUUAAUCCCUGGGGGUUAUCUGAGCAGAAGCAAUAUCUCUUAACAUUUCUCUUCUCGAAAUAGGCUUUAUCAGUGGUGGGCUCCAUUCAGACGGAACCCGAGCAACUGAUUGUCCCCAGCACCUCCACUGAUGCCACGCCAUCAGCCCUCCACGGCCGUCUUAAUCGCCUCCUCUCGGUCUUGGUGGCCGAAUUGACCCAGCUGCGAGCUCAAGGCGAAGCCCAGCGCGAGCGUCUACUUCGAAUGCAGUUGAUCGAGUCCCAGCUCACUAAGUCCAAACGCGAAUGUGCCGAUUUGCGGUCUCAGCUGUCAGCGGCGAGUGCAGCCGCUAACACGCCAACGCCUCCACCAACAACUCAGUCAGUUCCCAUAACCGUCCUUUCUGAGGUCACAUCUUCCUCUGUGAUUCUCCAAACGAUGCCUGCUCCGGUAAAUUUACCCUGCUUCUCAUCCUCUGUCCUGUUUUAUGUCCGUGUAUUACUGUUCCCACUCCCUCUAACCAUACUGUUCAGCACUUGUAUUUUGCAUGGCGAGGAUUUAUUAAUUACCCUGGCUACUUCUAGAACACCCCGCAGAUGUGCAUCUAUUGCGACCGAUUCACCCCGUCAGGACGAAGACCGGAUACAGAGAGCGAUUACUGAGGGUCUUCGGGGACGUGUCGAGACAGGUUUUUGACGGAUUUUUUCCAAUUCGCCUUAAGUGAGAAAUCCGUGGGUAUCCAGGUUAGCAGAACUGACUGGGUGGUGCAAGAUGUCUUAUAACCGCAUUGUCCGUCCUUCUCGGAUGGCCUCAACUAAAAUCGGACUGUCUCCUAUAAAAAAUAAGCUCAGAUGCCUCGCUUGUAGGUGCUUCUUCGCCUGAAACAACGCCAGAUCUGGCAGACUACUUCAGGCGUUCCUUGAUGUUGCAACGGGCCUUUCGACUCCACUUGAGGCCCGAUACUUACCUCCAGUCCGUAUCCAUCCCCAACUCCGCAUAGCGUAAGAAGAUGGUUGACGACUUCUAUUAAGACAUUCUUGACUCGGGGUACCUCCCACCGCAAUUUUGGCCACUUAGCUUUGGUCCCUCGUUUCGUCCUUGCAUACAGGGCUUAACGAAGUUGCGUGGGUAGUGAUUGCUCGGAACACCCGCCUCGGGUAUUGUUACUCAACAACUUUGUCCUCCAAUUCGUCCCAGUGCGUCUUAGCACACUGCUGAAACGACCUCGCACAACUGCGUUCGCGGCCCAUUGGGUGGCUGCUGUUUACAGUUACUUACGUCCAAUUCGUCUCUACGUUGAAGCGUUUUCGGGUCAUCAUAAUCUUUCUGAAAGACUGUAGCCACUGUAUCCUGUCUGUCCACUACCAUUAUCUGUUAUUAUCUUUAAAGACGGACUCGAGAGGAAACCGGAAACGUCGGACGAAAAAAUUCUUGUUCCCGCGAUCCAGUCUCUUUCUUUACCUUCAGUCUUGUCGAUCACUGGGAUACAUAAUUAAAUUCAAUAGCUUGACAGUCGCAUCUUGCAUACUUUGUUACGGCGAACUUUCAUCCUAGGAACAACUCCAAUGCCUAAACCUGAGUAUUACCGAUUUCCCGUAACUGUGUUUUGCAGUCAAAGCUGUCUCCUCCCGCAUCCUUUGCUUCUCUGUUAUCUACCGCCUACAUCUAGAGUGCCCUAUGACAAAAUGAAGAUCUAUGUGCCGCAGACCGGGCACAGAAUGUUGCAGCACGAUUUCAUGAAAGCUGUGAACUCGUGUAGUCAACUGUUGUUGCGGCCGCCUGGACGGGUGACUGUCCCAUGAUGACGGCGCACUUGGUAGGGAGGGUUGUUGCCUUCGCACUUUUAGUCUGUGCGUCGUGGUAGAAAUUGACCUGGGAGCUAAAGUGCUGACCAGAUGUCGGUCCGAAGACAUGCUAACAUGGAGCUCUGUUUGUCUUUGGAAACCGUGGAUUGCCCCGCUGUGACCAAUGGGCCUUCAUCAAACUAGUCUUAAUUGCCAAUACGCCCUCUGGAACGCGAGCCCACUCCCACGACAGAUUAUCGCCACGGACAAUUUUAAUUUAGAAUAGGGGGAAUCUCAUUUUUUCCAAUUUUCAUUGGUGUUGUCUCCUUUGCUCGACUCUACCCUGCUGUCUUUCCGUGUUAGGCUUUUGAGAUGACCCAAGACAUUGCCACAAACACCCAGUCAUUGCCUGUGGACACACCUGUCUGCGCCACAUCCGUCUUUGGCGCCCCCGCCACGACACCUGCCACCGUCUCCGCUGCCUCGCACUCUUGGAUUGCCAGGGCGGCAGCGACUGUCCAGCCCGUGCAGACCCCCUCGCCGGUCGCGGCCACGUCGACUGCGGCCGGAUCCCCUGGCCUGCUGCCUGGUAACCGUCAGACAGCUGAGAUCCGUCCCAUCACCAAUAACGUAGCUACUGUACUCCCAACGCCAACUACCCCCGGUAAUUAUGCCCUUUCUACUGCUAUAACAGUCCCAGAGUUCUUGCCCGUCGGGCCUAUCUGAACUGAGGCCGUCAUCCCUUUUUUGCUGCCUAAGGUCUCUAGUUCCGAUGUUUGGUCCUAAAAAGUUCCGAUCGUUUGAACUUAGCUGUCUUCAUCUGACGCCUUAUACUGUGGUCGUAGGAUGUCCAAAAACGACUUGUAUUACCAAAUGCCUGACUUCAUGGGGUGUGCAUUCCACUCUAACCCAACCUGCCAGCGUCGAAUGAUGAAUACCUGGAGUUUCACUACGCCUGAUGAAUGCGCACUGCGGUUCGGUCAGUAAGGAGGAACCAGUCAUGCUUUGGUACGUAUAGACGGAAACUGUAUGCUAGGCCGACCGCAGUGUUCAAACCCAUACCUCGUCCUGAACCAGUUUCCAAUGGAAUACCAUGAAUGUGAUAAGGGAUAGAGAGGUCAAUGUUCUGCGAAUUCUACCACCACUUGGACUCACAAUCAAUCUACCUGGGUGACAAUGGAGACGGGAGAAGCUUUCCCUUCCACGUAGAUCGGACAGCGUACCUUCCAGACCGUCCACAACUGGGUUUUUGUAUUGUUGGCAUUUAAAUUGUCCGCAGUUGCUUGGCCAAACGUAUACCACAACUGUCCCCACGGGAACAGUAUUGCACUUUUUCCCCUUUGACACUGCCUGAUGAUCGUCUGCUCACCUACCAUCUCAGCCUUAUGUUCCCUGACGUGCGUUGUUGGCAUUUCACCAUAGUAGAAACGCUAUAAUUUCCCGCAAUCAUUUGCCACUACAGUGGGCUUCGACUGAUCGGUCCACAUUGUGCUAAGAUGUUCCGGACAAAUUUUCUGAAGUUUCAGUCGAAAUACGUCAGUCGAGAGUUCACUUGACGUCUGGGUCUGCCCCUCCCCCUCUUGUUUCUGCUUUUGGGACGUUUUCCGGCGUCCUUUAAGCAGUGCUCAUUCUACUUACAGUUUCUCCUACUGCCGUAUCACUUUUGCGGCUGUGGAAUUUGGUGCACCUGUUUUCUCCGUCGGGCGGCCUCGUCUGAUUUUAGCUCGUUGGUUUCUUCUCUGGUUCAGUUAAGCAAUCUUGCCUGUUAGUGUUACAUCUUCCCUUGGCAUCUUGGUUGGGUGCGAUCUAUUGGCGGGCAUGACGGUAGCUUGGACCAAUCGGCUGACAUCUCAUCGACGCCAAAACUGCUGCAUUCGUUUCCCCUUCCCUUCAAACGUUCACCUCGUACACCCUAGUUCCACUUUAGCCACCCUUAGGGUAGGGCACGGGAAUGUGACCCCCUUCCAGAGGGUUAGGAUUAAAGUCAAAACACGGAAAGAAGCACACCCUGCAACUUGGCACAAGGCCAUCUGUAGUUCGGGGACCCUUGUUCCCCUGUCCUCAGUCGUCAGGUGACGUGUCACCUCCGGUAUCGGUAGCUCACCCGCAUGCUCGCUUAGCCACACCGACUGGAGAUCUAUACGGCCUAAUCGGUUAACCUCCUUUUCUGUCCAAAAUGCAAGCUAUCCUCCCAGCAUUUUCUUUUCGUCUGGCUUGGACAAUCACCACCCCACUUAAUCAGCGUAACUUCGUGACAUGCACACCAUCUCAGCCGAUUUUUCAGCGUUCCACUAGACUAGCCGUUAAGCCGAUUGAUCAUAACUUUGUGGACCCUGAAUCACGUUGAACUCCACACUCGUGGGGUUAAUGCGGGAUUCUGUGCAUUCCCCAUCUCGUCUUUUUUGUGUACUUUAAACUCUUACAUGCCUUUUUCGGCCAUUGCCUUCACUCUCCUCUCUUGUCUAUUGUCGGUGUUGUCCCAGCAGAGCAGGGUUCCCAUCUAGCGGUCAUUGUGGAUGCACCCUCAGUUCUGCAGACCCCUCCGACUGCCUCCACAUUCGCCUCCGCUCCCGUUCCAGUUCCCUCCUGCGGCUUCUUUGCCGGACCGACUUCGACUGCCCAGGAGGUGUCGGUACCACUGCAGUCCACUGUAACGGUCCACCGUUUUCCCCAGCAGCCGGGUAAUUUACUCCUUUUUGUCCGUGUAUGCUGCUGUAUUGGCAGCUCUCUUCUGUACGCGCCGAAACACGGAAAACGUUGACUGGCAUCUUUAAGUAUCCUUUCAACAGCACCAUAUGAGAUGGCAGUACAAAUGAGAAUGCAGCAGGACCUCGAGUUAGCUGUUGCACGGCAGCGUGCCGACUUUCCUUUAGCAGUCGCCUUGACCGCUUGUACAACUCGCGCUGGCAAGCCUAUCGACUCGGGUAAUGCUAAAGCUUUGCUCAUGCUUGAGCCAGACUGCCUCGGUGAUGUCGCGGAUUGUAACUCUGCCACCGUUUUCUUGUAGUUGGGUUCUGGAUCCAAAGCGCUAGAGUGAAUAAUCUCGAUUAAACGGUUUGGGCAGCUGUCGGACGCCCGCCGGUACUUAAAAUGCCCAAGGGACCUCAGGAAAACGUCCGACUACACGACCACAGUAGAGUUUAGUCAACGUUUUGUUCCCUCCGACGCAUACUCUCUAUGCUUAAGCUAGCUGUUUUCAAAAGCAUUAUUUGCCUAACGAGCUACGCAAGCGGAGUAGCUUACACACGCCGUCCCAUCAAUCCCUACUGAUUGCACGCACUAUGGAAUUGAGGGUUUUUCCAACAUGCCAUCAACAUGAGACGCUUUCCCGUAUUGCCUCCAGUCGCGUUAGUAGUCAGCGUUUAGUCCUCCAGCCCGACUUUUCCCCUGGUGAUUGUUUCAGCUCUCAUGCUGUGAUAUUUUUUGAUUUUUAAAUCAUCCAUUUUUGCCUCUUCUCCCUAGCACUGAUUUCCACGCCCGGCUCUUCCCGUUCGGUUGCCGGUACUACCUCCGGAAAACGUCCUUUCGCAGAAAUCUCCACAGAUACUGGCGUUUUUGAGGCCGCGAACCCUGCUGAGCUUAUCGCAUCUUCAUCAUCAGAGACCGCAGUGUACUCAUCCCUCCAACAGGUAGAGACGUCCGAGGCUGCUUUGGACCCUGAAGCGAAGCGUCUCUGCCCUGCCACCACAAGACCAUUAGCCGGCCCCGCGACGGUGACAACAGUGGCGGUUGCAGCGACCCUCUCGGUUCCGCCUGUCUCUGAAGCGCCUGAUGCUACUGCUGCUGGCGGUACCUUUCCCAAGUUUUGCUUUCUUAACGAACCCCCACACUCGGUAGCCUUUUCGUGGAGUGGGCGUCACUUCACGCUGACCUUCCUGUAUCCUGUCAGUGUAUUUUGCGACUUGUCGUCGUUUGAUUGGACAGGCAAACUGUCGUUGUGUGUGUGUGUGUGUUUGUACGUACAAAUGGAGUAGCUGGAAUGCGGCGCGCCUGAUGUCCUGACAACAGGGCGUGCGAAAAGUAGUGACUUAGAAGAUUGCCUGCCAGCUGACGGAAUGUCGUCCCAGUCCUCUGGAAAGACGGUCGCACUGCAAUCGCUCCUUCUUACUGUGACCUUCGACACCACCCACGUGUGCGAGAUCCAAACCUCUGUGUGUGGCCCCGCUUUAGAUGGCAACUCCGCCUCACGCUAACCACCACUGCGCCCAAUCCCAUCCCCGGUCAGCUUGACUCGUAUGGGAUCCAGGUGCACCUGCAGGAGGGGGGAGCAGAGAUGAGGUCGGUUCAGCCGAGACCUAACGCCCAAAUUCUUCACCUAGGCAAUCAAACACCCUGAUACUCCCAGGGUUGCCAACUGUUGGAAUAAGUUGGCGCCGCUAAACAUUGAGGUUCAUGCCAGGCAACGGUAUAGAGAAGGACCCCACUUAACUGUCAGUAGACUGUGGAUCGUGCCAUACGUGAUUUAUGGUAAAGGGAGUUUUAUGUGUGGGGCAGCACGCUAGACAGCAAGCUGGAAAAAUGAAAGAAAACACAGAAAUCGCCUGGAUUUAUGUUGAAAGUCUUAUCCCACGCUAUUGUACGACAACGGAAAUGGGAGUAGUAAUUAGACAAUAAACAAAAAGUGCAUUUCACAAAAUAACUGAUUUUGAGUUAAGCUGUGAGGUCGUAGGAAGUAAUCGUUGUUUGCAGUGUAUUUUCUACAACAGUAUGUGCCAAGAUAAAACCCCAUUUGGCACGAUCCACAGUCUACUGACAGUUAGGUGGGGUCCUUCUCUAUACCGUUGCCCCAUGCCGUAGUAGGUUCUUAAUGUAACUUUUACGACAUUCUCGCCCACGUCAGGGGUUCGACACCUCGCUCUUAUUGAGACCUGGUACAUGUGGAGUUACUCGCCAGAUCUUGUUUGACACGUAGGCGGAUUGUUUAACCUUGGUCGGCCACUUCACGCGUUCACUUAUCUUAACUUUGUCUUGUUAUCAGAACGUGACGGGUUUGGGAGGAUAGAAUGAGGGUGGCGCAGUGGUGACAGAGACGCGUGUGAAAGGCAUCGGCUAUGUAGGAUCAGUUGCAAAGCCGCCAACAUAUUUCCCAACCGCCAAACACACUGCACAAGAUGACGCCCGUGGUGCAAGCCCUACUUAACAGGAAGGCGCACUAAUUGCCGCUUAGCCGUUGUCCUCUGAUUAAGCCCACUACCACCCCUCUGCCGAUCAAUAAUUUAGUCCAUGUCGGCUAGCCCCACCUUGCGACAUUUGUUGCAGUUAAUAUGCCGGCAUCGACAACUGGGCGCACGCGCGCCUCCCCAUCCUAUCAAUUACGUCGCUUCGCUGUCUACCCCACGCACACCUCGUGGACUUGUCCCACUUCUACGCCCACCUAGACCCCAACCGCCUACAGCGGUGACUUUCUACCCAUCUACGGCACCAGCAUACUGUCUGCCUUCAUAGUUGCUUGUUGAGGCCUUUUUGGCACAGACUAUCUCCGAGAAAGCGCCGUGCGAUAAACGAGACGGAGGGAGUCGCUCUCGUGUGUUUUCUGUGCCCUGUCUCGGGUACAGCCAGGCACUUGGGAGCCGUUAAAUCCAAACAUCUGGAAGGAGUACCUGAGGCCGGACAGUUGAACAUCAACUCCAUCAAUCGUCAAGUCGACUUAUAGCAGGAUUCAGUACUAGCCGGGAGGAAUGACCAAUUGGAAGUCAGUAAGAAAAUGGUUUUGUGGUAUCAGAGUAUCACUCGGUUUUGGUGAUCCCUCCGUCGUGUAAGCUCCCGUUACCAAGUUCCGCUUUAAGUCUUCGAAAAUCCAGUAAUUAUUUAUGCGGGCCGUAGCACGCCGUUUCAGUAACGACUCACUCUUAUGGGCAAAUUAAUCGGCCGCCUCAUUUUCAGGCGGAGUUGAGCGUACGACAUUGGUGAAAGUGCCGCUGCCAGACGCUGGCCAGCAUCGCAGAAAGCAUCUUUCGAAAUCUGUUAAAGUUGUUUUCGCUUGGUUUUACACUUUCUUGCAUUCACGUUCGUGGCUGUCCAUCCUUUAUCAGCCAGCGUUGAUCUUCAGCGAAUCUCGGUUGAUAACGAUUCUGUUGUCUAGGGAUAUGACCUCUUUUGGAAAAGCGGUGUUUUCGGUUCCUCUCGGAUGGCCCCCGGACCAACUCACUUCUGUCCAACUUAAAUGGUUAUUCCUACCAUUUUUCACCUUUGUCCGUGUAUAUUUCCACUUUUUACAGUCUAGUCUAGGGCAUAAUCUACGCUUUUCCCCUUUCAGGCGUAUCUUUCGGUUCUGGAGAGGCUGCUCUUCAACCAAGUGAACCGCUCGCCGAGGCUUCUCCCGAUGCCCAUAUGAUUGCCGCUGACGAAGAGUCCACCACCCAACACUCGUAUUACUCUGAGCAGGCCCAAGUAACUCCUGACUACGAAGAGCAGGAAGAAGAUAUGGCCGUUUACACGGUAGGAGCACAGGAAAGUACCGAUGUACCUACCGUGGAACCGCCCACUGAAUCAUCCGUUUCCUAUUCUGAGGCGGUGGCGCAUUUCACUCGCGUACGUUUCCCUCUUGAGCGAGGUCCGUUAAAAAAUGCCUACUUUAACUACUUAAGUAAUACCUUUGAUGUUAUUUUGAAGACGCCCUAGCGUGGCAGCCGUCCCAUCCCAUUCCUGUAAAAUUCUCCGAAGAUUCACAGAUGUCAGUUAAAAAGGUCGACUUUCUACCUUUUGAAUGAGGAAGUAGUUUCUUUAUUUCAUAAUGCCUAACAUUCCGCCUCAUUUUUAAUUCACUUCUACCAAGUGUCCUUUCUGUACCGCCCCAGCUAGUCCUUAUUUAUCCAUUCUUGCCACCCCUAGGAGCGGGUGGAGCCGUCGUGUGAGGGAGAGGCCGUCGCGAACACAGGACUUGUCACCUCCUCCAGCGUCGAGAUCAAUUCAUCCAUUCAGGACCUCCAUACACAGCAGCAGCAGGAACAACAACAACUUGAAGCGGAGGACUACGAGGAUCUUGGAGAUGAGGAGGAGGCAGCAGAACACCGAUUGCGUACUGAUGAAGAAGGGGGAGAAGAGUCUCAGCCGAUCAAGGGAGAAGAUGAGGAAGAGGACCAAGACCAAGGUGAAGAAGAGGAAGGGGAAGGGGAUGAGGAGGAAGACGAAGAAGUGACUCAUUCGGAUGAUGCCGUCAUUAUCCUGAGCAGUACGCCUUGCUUACUUUUCUUUGCCCAAGCGAGCUUUCUUCCAGCCCUGAAAUUCCACAGGCUGAGAACUAUCCGUUAAAUACCCAUUGUCAUCCGCCCUGUAUCUCUUCCCUGCCCGAUACGUAUCUGCAAUUGCUCAACAUUUGACCUCUUUUGUCUGUUGUCACAGGUGGUUCUGAAGUAGAAGAAGAAGAGGAAGGUCAUGAGUCAGAAAGCGAGGGUGAUGAAGAAGCUGGGGAUGAUGAGGAGGGGGAAGAAGGUGAAUAUGGUGAAGUGGGUGAAGAAGGAGAAGACGAGGAGGAGGAGGAAGAGGAAGAGGAGGAACACCCUGAGGGUGAUGACGAAGAGGCCGGAGUUGCAGACGAGAGCUGUGAACCUGAACUUGACAACCCCGAGUCUACUGACUACGAGCCAGAGCAUCCUCGGGGUGAUUCAACCUUCAGUGCAGCAACGCCCCCUGUGUCCUCCACUUCCAUUUUGACACAAAAGGAAACGCCACCUGCUGCACCGCCAUCAAAUGCUCCAACAGCCUCCACUAUUGCUCAGCCGUCUCUCUUUGGUGGCAGCAGUAUACACACGACGCCGCAACCUCUGCCUACUUCGUUUCCCACCGCUGCUUCGGUACGCCCUGCAAGCGGCCUUUUUGCAUCUGCCCUCUCCAGUUCCGCCUCUCCGGCACCGACCUCAGGUGGUCUAUUUGGAGGCCUGAGACCAUCGACACUAACUAUGCCAGCAGCCCCUUCUACCAGCGGCACUACACCCUCUCUUUUUGGUUCGAUUGGUAGGUGCUAGGGCGCACUCUCUCUCGUUCGUCUUAUGAACUCAAUGUCUUCACGGUGGUCCUGUUCUUUUUGUAGGCUCCUCGCCAGCCCCCGGUCUCUUUUCCGCUCUGGCCACCGCCUCGGCAUCAAGCACGCCGUCAGUGUUCGCCGCUCAACCCCCGCCCCAGCCCUCAUCUGCAUCGGCUGCCCUUGGUGGACAGCAGCACUCUGAGGGAUCGGGUGAGAGACGUUCUUUGUUAGUGGUUUAUUCGCCCUGUCGGCACGACACUGUCAGACACCACUCUGCUGCGGCCAGUAACGAUCAGUAACGCUUUGACUCACCUCCCUCCGUAUUCUGAUAAUUAAUCGUUCUGACCCUGUCAGCCAAGGUUAUGGGGAUCUGAUAUAGUCUUUACGAGACGACUCGUCCCAGGAUGUGGAUGAAAUAUGAAGCACACUUUGCCGUGAUGCCGAAGAGUGCAAUCAGCGAAGAAGAUGAUGAUGCUAGUUUGUGUUAAUCGCUGUUGUUGAUUGGUGAUAAUCAGUUUCACUGUUGCAUAACGCAUGCAUUAGACAUUAGUAUGAUUCGUUAAACCCCAUCCAUUCGGAACCGAGAGGUAAAGACACCAUCGCCAACAGUAGCGUGGGUGAACAGCCUAUAAACAGGUAAACUGUCCUUCCUGGUUCAAAUGGGAGCAGUAAGUAGGAAGGAUUUUGGAAUCAUGUGUAAAACCACUAAUCAGGUGAGAGCAUGCCAGUAUCUUCUCAGUACUGGCCUGUAGGGACCAAAAAUUUGCGCAAAUUGACGCGUACGUUUGAGGAACUUUGUGCGCUUACUUGAGAAUGGUGUCACUGCUAGUGGGAGGUUUGAAUCUUUAAAAUACCCCUGCCUUAAGCACUUUCCGUCACACCAGCAGCUGUCGAACCCCAGCUUUUUUCGUGAGGCGGCUGACUAGAUGCCAGCCCUUGCUAUUUAGGACACUGUGAGUUUCUUACCCAUUGUCCCCGUUUCGGAACCCAUCCCUUCCUCGCUGUGAGGAAAUCGUCAUCGAUUUAGCUACCGCUUUGGUUGUGCUAGAACCUUCCUCUUUCUGCCGCGGGUUCAAAGUCCGCUGAGAUUAAAUCAUUCAGAUUUGCCAAAAACCUAGUAUUUAAGUAUUUUUGUGCAUACCAGUCACCAGCAUUGCCUUCUCCCAUCCCUUUCCGGCAGUUGGCACGUCUUUGAAGCAGAAGAUUCGACCUAUCGUCUGGUCAGAAACCUCCAGUCCAGCGGAACCGCCUGCUUCAGCUUCAUCCGCCUCCAAACUGCUCGGCGCCAGUCGCCGCAAGAACUGGGGUGUACCGGGUAGACCAGGCCCUGUGCGCAGGGGUUCCCGUGGACCUACCACUCAGCGCUAA